AUGGAUUAUCCCACACCUUCAAUCUCUCAUCUAUCAAGAAAGCCUUACGUAAACUAUGUCUACGAUGCUGCUGAAGAUACUUUCCUAUUUAUGGAUGCAUUGCAAAAUGAUGCGAUUCUCCCUUUAAUUUGUAUAGAGGUUGGUUCUGGUUCUGGUGCUAUAAUAUCAUUCAUAUCGAAAAUAUUGGGACCUGAAUGUUAUUAUAUGGCUACCGAUAUUAACCCUAUCGCAGCUAAUUGCACGAUCGAUACUGCAAAAUUGAACGAAAUGCCACAAUGUGAAGUUAUCAUAACAGAUCUGGUAUCUGGCUUAAAAGAUCGCUUAACUGGAAAUGUAGACGUGAUAUUAUUUAAUCCUCCAUACGUAGUUACACCUUCCAAAGAGAUUUCCGGAAAUGGCAUUGAAGCCUCUUGGGCCGGCGGAGAAAAUGGAAGAGAGGUCAUGGACAGACUGUUUACCAUAGUUCCACAACUUCUUUCGCCUAGUGGAUUGUUCUAUCUGGUUGCCAUAAAAGAAAAUUAUCCAGAUGAAAUUAUUAAGACAAUGAAGAUGGUUGGUCUCAGUGGUGAAAUAAUUCUGUCUCGAAAGGCAGGGCGUGAAAAUCUAUUUAUUUUAAGAUUUGAUAAGGAAAAUUCGUUAUCUUAG